AUGGAUCACAUCGACUGCUCUGCAAUCUAUAUCGAUCCUCGUAUCCAGUCAGAGCGAUGGGUGCAUCAAGGCGCCCCUGCCGGGUCGCUGAUAUCAUCCGAUGAACCUGAGUCGCUUCGGUCGGAUAUCGAAGUUCUCCUGGAUGUCUGUCGACGAAUGUACCUUUGUCAAGCUGGCGCGUCGCUCGUUUCGAAACUCGCAGAAAUAAGCGAUGAUGCUGCGAAUAAUUGUACGCCGGUAUUCGCGUUCUUCGACAUCGACCUUCACUCCGAGGAUGCCCCGUUUUUAACGCACCGCAGCACGAGUCGUGGAUCUUGGCAAGAACCCCCAUCUCCUGCACCGCUUGCCCGCGGGUUCACAUUCUCGGCGCAAAACGACGGCGGUACAUCCGACCUAAAACUACUCUCGGGGCUUUCAAACGAUAUUCAGUCCCAUGACGGCCCAAACCUCGUCAUUCCCGUCGCCAUCCUACGCCCACCACCUACAGAGCCUACCUCUGCAUCAAUCGGACUGCAACAACAACAAUCGACGCAUAUUCCCCACCCUCAGCAUAUCUCGAGAUGUCUAGAUGCAGGUGCCGUGGAUGUUUUGUCGGGGCCGAUCGAUAAGGUCAGAAUCCAAAGCUUGGUCAUACAUGCCUUUCGGACUAGGAAAACGGCUCUUAGAGAACACUCUCGCUUCCUCUCGCGGAGGAAGUUGAGGAAACACUCGUGGGUGGGCGUACAUGAUGAACAACCAUAUUCUUACCUCAGAGAAGCGAUGGUAUCCAAGCUGAUGAAAGGCAUCUGCAACCCGGAGGAUGUUGUCGAGGAACUUCAUGACGGGGAAUUUAAUGUCACCGAGGAGCGUGAGGAAUAUGUAAAACAACGGUUGGGUCAAUGGGGCUUUACUGCCCAUGAGUUUUCCGAUGACGAGCUUGUUUUCGCGGCGUAUGCGAUGCUUCAACAUGCGUUUACGAUACCCGAACUGGAAGAGUGGAAGCUAACGCCCGGCGAACUACGAACAUUUUUACUGGCUUGUCGCGCAUCCUACAACUCAUUUGUCCUUUACCACAAUUUCCGGCAUGCAAUCGAUGUCUUACAGUCCGUUUUCUGCUUCUUGCUUAACAUCGGCGCGCUACCUAGCUAUGGCUCGAUUGGUGCCCAGGCCGAUACUGACUGUCCAAUUGCGUCGAUGAUCAAGCCGUUUGAUUCGCUUACAUUAUUGAUAUCGGCAAUCGGGCACGAUGUCGGUCACCCUGGCGUCAAUAACUUCUUCCUCGUCAAGUUGAACGCGCCUUUAGCCCAACUAUACAACGACAAUUCGGUGUUGGAAGCGUUUCACUGUGCCGCAUUCUCACAAAUACUCCGCCGCUACUGGCCCGCUGCAUUCAAAGACAAGCAGCUGCGGAAGCUGCUCAUCAGCUCCAUUUUAGCCACAGAUAUGGGCGUGCAUCAGAAAUUCAUGGAGCGGCUGGGAUCUCUGCAAGAGAAAUACUCGGAAAACAACCGGACAGUGGAUGGCUGGAAGCCUCAGGAUAUCGACAUGUACAAAACACUUGUCUGUGGAUUGCUGAUCAAGUGUGCUGAUAUCAGUAACGUGGCGCGGCCCUGGGAAGUUGCCGAGAGGUGGACCAAGAUUCUGCAAGAAGAGUUUGCCAACCAGGGUGAGAUGGAAAAGGAGGUUGGGAUGGAGACGGCCCUUUUCGGCGGUCCGCCUGAGCUCGGCAACGUGUACAAGCUUGCGACAGGUCAAAUGGGUUUCAUGUCAAUUUUCGCGCUUCCGCUCUUUGAAGGCGUCUCGGACAUCCUUGGUGGACUGCGGUUUACCGUUAACCACAUCCGGAACAACCACACCCGGUGGCACUACCUUGCAGAUUUAGAGAAGAAGAAACCGCUAUUGAUGGUGGAUGCCGGUCCUGAUGGACACGUUUCUCCUCGGUCACAUAGCCCCGCUCGAGAAGGGCAAGCAACAGAAGCGCAAGCGACACCUCCGACAUCGGUAGCCGUGCCGGCAAAAGCAGAUACGGAUGCCCGCAAUAACUCCGCCAAAACGUUUCCAGCAAAGGAGCCAUAUCAGCAGCGACAGGAAGAGGAAGACUAUUUCGGUCCUGCAAGAUCGGCGCGUACAUCGGUAGGCAGUGACUACAAUGAGAACCAGAUCAGCCCGGUUGUUUCUCCAGAUACGCCGGGGCCGUCGACGAUGGAGAUUACGGGAGAUUCAUUCCCCAUUGACGACGAGCCGUCCCGGAAAUCGUCAUGUGCUGUGCCCAAUAUACGUCCAUCUUCUGUUGCUGAGCCCAUGCCUACGAAAACGCAAACAAGCAGCGACAUUGGCCAACAAGAACCGGGCAGUGCUGUUACCUAUGAUAGCUCGGUAGAAAGCGCUGGAGAAAAAGCGAAUGGAUCAAGGACUGGUACAUAUUAUCGCCAUCAUGCCAACACCGUCUCCUCUGGGUGUACAUCGGCGCCUUCGAAUUCUCAGCGGAAUAGCUGCACUCGAACACAGAGCAUCAGCACGCACAGUAACGCCAUGACACCUAUUUCUCCCUCCACGAACGCCACGAGUGUCAUUUCUGCGGAUAGCGAUGAAAGGACCUACUCGCGUGAUAACAUCCCGAGAAGCGACUAUGCAGACUGGGACAACCGCAGCCCUCGUGCUAGCUCGCCGAAGCAUGGAACAGAAGACCGGGAGUCAGAAAACACGCUCCACUCUGGCAGUGCCCAGCUUUUCCACGAUGAUUCAGACAAGAACCAAGCGUCGAUGGGGAACACAACCGGCAGCUCUACACAGUCCGUCAACACAGGAAGCAGCACAGGGCAAAGUCCGCAAUGGGACGAGCUAGCUGGCCAAGAACAGCAGCAGCGAAAAUUGCCCAAGCGCAAGAGCCGUCUCCGGUUAGCGUUCUGGAAACGCAAGAAUCAUCACUCGAAUCAUCAAGAAGUGACUGGCGAGUCGCGAUAA